AUGCUUGAUUGCGCCGGUCCUGGCUGCAAAUGUACGGACAUAGCUCAACAGCUCGCACUAGGCAACCUAGACAUCAAUGUUAUCCUUGGAGGUGGACAAGCGAAGUUUUAUCCCAACACGAAACACCUACCCAGCGAUCCCGCAAUGGUUGGAGAACGCACAGAUACGCAGAACCUGCCUGAACUCUGGCUGAAAGCUCAGAAGGACAAAGGCAGAAAGGCCGUGCUGAUAAGCAGUGCGGCUGAAUUUCGAAAUGUAUCGCUUGAUGACGCUGACUACAUCCUGGGUAGGUUAAUUACUCUCGAUUGUAUGUCCGACUUUCAUAGAACUAGGUGGAAUAUAAUUCGUCCUUUUGAUUUUCUUUCCUCAGGCCUGCUCUUCCCACUCCAUCUGCCCUACGUGCUUGAUAGAGGCAGUGACGGUCCAACACUCAAGGACCUGACAGAAAAAGCCAUCAAAAUCCUCAGUAAAAACGAAAAGGGGUUCUUCCUUUUUGUUGAGGGUGGCCGCAUAGACAUGGCUCACCACGAAAACAAGGCCAAGUAUGUGCACAUAGACUUUUCGUUGUAUUUGUUAUAAGGAUUGAAGUUUCUGCCUGUUAUUGGUGGAAGCCGAGCGAUAAGCGAAUAUUGUAACAUAUGUAUUUUUAGGGAGACUGGGGUGGUCAUUGCUGGCUUAUUAGCCGCAGCCAGCCAGAACUGGUCAUCCCAGUCUCUCUUGCCUUUGUCGGCCAUCCCCUUCAGGAUAUAUUCCUGAUCGCUACCAAAUGCCUAUGGAGCUUUAAAUCAUGUCUCUAAGCACAAUCUGACAUGUAGGUCGUGUAACAAGAUUAGUGAACACUCACUACCAUCGUGAAUAUACCCGGCCGCAACCGACAGGACAAUGAGUCCGCGUCUCAAUUUUUAGAGCGUAAGACAUAGUCAUAAUAGUACCGGGUCUAGCCUGAAGUGCUGCAUGCUCUGGGGUUGGAGAUGACUGCAUGGUGACGGCCAUUAGUUCAGAAAUGGCCAUCUAGUUGCCCUUGUUUUUCGGUAGUCUCAUUCUGCCAAUGUAUAAAUAGUUAUUUAUAAAUGAAUAGCUGAGGUAGUGUGCAUUCAGACUUGAAGUGAUGAAGCGAUAAGGGUCGUCGAAAAAAACCGAGAUGUGCUUACGAAUUUUCGAACUGGUAUGCAUAUAGAUAGACAGAAUAACAUUACCGGCAAAGAAGAGGGAGACUGGUAUGACCAUUUCUGGAUUAUUAUCCGUCAUCAGACAGCCAAUCCCAAGUGUGAACCGCAUAGGAUUCGAGUCCAGGAUCCUUGUUCAUUGAGUCGAGCGCUCUACAACUGAGCCACGGGCUCUUUGUCCUGUCGGUUGUGCUCGGGAAUAUUUAUUAUGGUGGAUGGGCGCUCAGCGAUCACAUUUAUCACUAAUCGCCGUGCAACUGCCUGCGGAGGUUCUAAUUUGAGCCCCAAGGCACGACGGGACAAGCAUGUUCAGUAACCUGUUCGGUUAGCGUCCAUUCAUCAUAUAUAUGCACUCCCUAGUGCGAUUAUCCCUCCCACGCUAUUCAUUUCGUCUGAAGACGAGUUGGUGUAAACGACUUGCAAAUUCACGAGUAUAUUCCGAUUUUCCGACGAAACUUUUCCUUUUUUUAUUAUCUUCUCAGAAUGCAUACUACAUCCGAGGUGGCGAGGCACUUAUGAACUUCGGUUCGAUGAAGUGCUUAUGACCCACUUGGUAGACCUCAGUUGUAAAUCGUAUGCGCCAAGAGCGUCUGGGCGCAUGUUUAUCUGAUCCCAGCUGUUGGUCAGGGCUAUGAUUGGCUGAAUGAAGGCAAAAUAAACCCGAAACAGUACUGCAUCAAUCUACCCCCAUUCUCUGUCGUCAUACAUAUGCAUUAUAUCUGCUAACUCAUGAAAUGUUAGCCGAAAUUCUGAAAUGCGUUUUCGAAUUGAAAAUAAUAAUCAAUACGCAGCACAAUCCCACAAGCUGUAUGUUUUUCGUGCACGGAGAAUCAUGCAUUUGUAUACGAUAUUAAGAGGAGACCAUAUGGAAUUCAUAAGAUUUAAAAGUGAAUUCGAGUCACAUUUUAAACUUUGCAAGCAGCAUUAGAAAAUGCGGAGACAACAUGCUAUAUGAACAGGCAUUUUGCUGUCUUAAAUAAUCUGAUAAUUGGAAACUUCAUGAAAACCGAACUAUAGCCUUCCUCCAGGUACAACAUUUGAAAAAUAAAUAAUUUUCCAAGUAAAAGAAUAAAUGUUUUUGUGCAUGUUUCCCAUGAAAUAUAUUUGAGUUUGCAAGAUUUUCGAAAAUAAAUUAGGAAGAUGAAUAGUAACUAAGUAGCAAUUCUUUACAAUGUGAUUUUUGCAGGCGGCGGGAAGACGUUCGUUUAAAAGCCGGAAUCAUGAGGUAACUGAAUUAUUAUGGGAUUAUGCUGCACGGGAAUUAUUGUUGCAACCCUAUUUAAGUAAUCCGCUCGAGUCGAAAACGCAGUUCAGGAGCCCGGUUAACAUUUCAUGAAUUAUCACAUCUAAUGUAUUUAUCGGAAUGGGCGCUCACCAGUCUUUUGGCUUCCCAAAACAAACAAGAUCCCGUAUGGGUGGCAAAGGUCAUGAACGGGCAACCAACCAUCAGAUUUGAAGUCGGCCAAGUCCUAAUAGCAGCAAAGAGGGACGUCAGAUAAUGUGAGUAGAUUGAUACAAUACGGUUUCGGGCUAAUUUUGCAUUUAUUCAGCUAAUCAUGAUCCUGACCAGCAGCCGAGACCCGAAACACAAACAUGCACACAGACAUACCUAGCACAAUUAAUCCGCCACUGGGGUCUUCCAAAUGGGCCAUAAACACUUCGCCGAACCGGAUAGAUCGGUGUGCACCCAUUCGUGAGUGAAUAAAUACCCGAUCUGCAGCAACAGAGGAAGACAGGUGGCGAGGUUACGGUGAAGUACAGUUCGAUGAAGUGCUUAUGGCCCCUCAGGUAGACCCGAGUGGUGGACCAACUGCGCCAAGUGCGUAUGUGCGCAUGUUUGUGCUUUUGGUCCCAGUUGCUGGUCAGGGUUAUGAUUAGCUGAAUGAAGGCAGAAUAAGCCCGAAACAGCCUCGGGUGUGCCAAACUUCGGGGUUGGGUAUGAUUGGCUGACGACGGCUAAUAAGCCAGAAAUGGCCAUUUCAGUCUCCCUUGUCUUUGUCGAUAAUAUCAUUCAGUACUAUAUCAACCUACCCGCACUCUCUGUCGCCCUUUCUCGCUGAUAUACAUAUAUUUUAAUAGAUAUAACUGGUGAUGUCGCACUGUCAAUAUAAAGUUGACUGAAAGUUUUGCGUUCUUUAAAUCUUCGAAAAGGAAAGCUUUGGCCGAAAUGAUGGAUUUCGAAGACGCGAUUGCAGCGACAAUUAAAACCAUCGACCCUGAAGAAACUCUUGUUAUUGUGACUGCCGAUCAUUCACAUACCUUUGAACUAGUGGGCCAGCCAAGUCGAUUCCAAAACCUUCUACUGAGAGAUACUGUCUACGGAAACAAGGUAUGACGUUAUUUUCGUGGGGCGGUUGCUUUUUCGGCAUAAAAGACCUGAAAUUGUUGCUGGCCCAAGAACAUGGGAGCUUAGUCUUCGACUGGUAUAAAGCAAAGUAAAAGAGGACCUUUGUUCCUUAUUAUAUCAUAACUGGAUUUUAAGCAGGAUAAAACUGGCAUAUAACUGCAUAUUUAAACUACACAAAAACAUGUUCUAAACUGAUUAUUUAUUAAAGAUUCGUGCCUUUCAAGUAAAACCUAAUACAUUGCUGUUAAUAUUUAUAUGCGCCUGCCUAACAAAGAUCUUCAGUUUUUUUUAAAAAUCAAGUUUCUUUACUUUGCCACGUUCAAAUUCAUACGAGAUGUGACUCGGGCAGUCUGCUUUAAAUCACUACCAAACCGAACUGUCGAGUCGGUCAAAUAGAUGUUUGGGAGUACAUGGACGAUUAUCUGAGGUCCUUGAAUCUGCCUUCAAGAUCACAGAAUUUAUCUUAUAUACGUCAGUCCUGAAAAAAUACAAAAGACCGAACGAAAUCCUCUAAAACGUGUUGUUGGUCGAAUGUAAGCGGAUUCCCGUGUAACCCAACUUUUCGGUGGAGACGGAUAGCAGGAGGGAGACUCAGUCCUUAAUAUGAAACACGUUGUACAGCUUCCAUAGAAGACACUUAGCCACCAACUUUUCAACCAAUGGCUGGAUAAGAACUCAACGUGAAUAUAUGUCCGGAGAGAAAAUAAUUUUAUAUUAUAUCUCCGCGUGAUUUCGUGUUCGGAAUGAUGGCCAGAGGGGUUAUUUCUGGGACACUGUUAAGAUUCUGAUUGCUUGUUUUCGGGAAGUGCGAAGCUCAUAUAUGUAUGAUUGACUAUCUAAGGUAUCUCCUUGCUGUCCAUAGGUUUCAAUUGAUCCUAUUCGGUCGCCUCUCACAUGAAUUAUCCAAAAGUGGGUUAGUUUCCCGACUUUUACUCCGACGUUCAUCUGUUUACAUCCACGCGGCUAUGAAACAGGACUGGUUAACCCAAACGUGUUUUCAAACCUCUCCGCCAUUGACAGGGGUCAUGUGAUAGCAUUUGUUAUUCAGUCGACACCCUGUUGUUUCCUAGUAGUAUCCCAAUUGACCGCCUUCCACUUUAGUUGGUCAACAACAGACAGUCUAGCAAGGUUUAGCCAGAUGGCACAAUAGCCUCGCAGACGGAAUAUCGUGGGAUUAUAAGUGGGCUUGAAGACAGGAUUGGUCACGCCCAACGUGCAACAGUUGGGACCGGUUUCAUUGAGGAUGACAUCUCAGACGUUUUUGUUUUCGGCAUGGACUUCGGUUGAUGCAUUGACAACGUAUUGAUGUCCGACAACGUUGAUGUUGUCACGCAGUUAGCGAGCUCCUUUAAAAACAUUCGUCCUGCUUCCUUUGUCGUCGGAAGACACCACGUUCAUCGAAAUGGGCUUGAAGUUGGACUCGUAAAAAACAUGCAAAUCACCUAGAUUUUGUUGCGGAGUUUACAUACUCUGGUCGGCGCAGACGACGGGAAUCGUAUAUCACUGGACAGACUGUGUCGUAUGGGGUUAACCAUUCUGACAAAAUUGUAAACUACAGAGUAAAUCAAGCUUUAAUACAACAAAUAGCCAAUGGCAUUUUUGUUCCGUUACAACCUCUAGAGUCAAGUCUGAUCAUAGGACGAGGCCGAAAGUAUACCGAUUUUCAAGAAAACUAAACUUCGGUAGGCGUGUGGAAAAUAACUCUCAUGUUCUGUCCCAAAUGCUAGGAUCGGUUGAUCAGAUGGUCGAACAAUCAUCACACCAAUACCCAACAAGCGGGAUGA